AGCACUGGGAGGGGCGGGGCUUGUGGUUCGUGCGGAUCAGAGCCGGUCUGAGUCCCUCAUUCAUCAGCGGACCUGCUGCAGCUCUCCUCUCCACGCGUGUCCGUCUCUCGGCCUCCAUCCUCCUCCAGCAGCAUCGGCAGACACCGGGACUCCCCUCCUCCUCCUCCGGUCGGACUCCUCCUCCCGCGGUAAGCCCCGCUCAGAGCGGACUCAGCCGGUCUCACUGACCGGAGCAGGCUCCUCUCCUCCGGGGAUCGGGCUGAGGAGCCGUGCGGUAUGUUGCAGGCCGCCGCUGCAGAGCGUGACGCCUCCAGUCCGAUGAGGAUGAGGAGGAUGAUGAUGAUGAUGGUGAUGGUGAUGGUGGUGAUGAUGAUGAUGUUCGCUUUAAUCUGUGCGGGAUUAUGUAACGCUUUAAUGUGACCUUGCGGGAUUAUUUUCAUCUGAUGGUCGCGCGCUGCAUGAGCUCUGUGAUGACGACACGGUGGACACGUUAUUACAGCAUCAGACACACACACACACACACACACACACACACACACACACACACACACACACACACACACACACACACACACACACACACACACAUAGCGCCUUAUUACAGCAGGCUGUAUUACCAUCAGUUAUUCAUGUGUCAUAUCAGAUUAGCGCCUCUUUAAUUGAUCAUAUUGUCAGAUUAUAACACUAACUCAUUUAAUAAUAACUGACACACUUACAGACACGUGACCAAAGUCUGAACACGUUUAUUCUCUCUUCAGCUCAUAUAUUCAUAUUAAUGUCUGAUAAUCCUCACUGCUCUGUCUUUAGUGUCUUCAGUAAAUAUGACAGGAAAACCUUUUUCUGUGAAUCGCAGAAACUUCUGAAUAAUUGAUUGUGUGUUUGAGUGAAGAGGACGUCCUGUUUCUGUGAGCUUUAGGCUUCAUUAUCAGCUGAUCCAGGUGAGCCGCAUGUUACAGACAGAGAAAUGCCUGGUGUAUUAUAGUUAUGAUAUUUGAUCAGGGUUUCAGUGGAUGAUUGUGUUAUCCCUCUUAGAAAAGCUGCUGAUGUGUCAUGUGUGUAUGCAUGUGUGUGUUGAGAACAAGAUGUGUAGUUCAGCAUCUCUGCAGCACACUCUGUAACUCUGGCUGAAAACCUGCAGCGUCCAUCAGGAGGCUGUACCUGAGCAGAGAGCUGACUCUCGUGAUCUGGUUUUUAGAGCUGCAGUGGUCCUGGUCUGAUGGUCAUGAGAACCUGCAGAAUUUAGGCUCAUUGAGGAAGAUUCGCUCUUCGGUGUUAAAGUCGUUCUUUAAGUAAAACCAGCGGCCGAUUGUUGUGGUCAUCGAUGUCUGCAGGACAAAUGUGAAACAAAUCUGGGACACGAAGACUAUGUGGUCCAGAAAGUCUUAUUGUAAAGAUAUUAAAGUCUAGAGUCCUGAAAUGCAGGAACUGAACCAUCUCUCAGGUGUGUGGCGUUGUUGAGUCAGGUUUCCUGUUAGGUGAUCCACUGGAUCAAUUUUAACCUUCAGUCCUGGCGUCUGUCAGUAUGAGGUUCAGACUGAGGACUCUUUCAUCAGACCCUGAAAACUGCAUAUUUAACUUUAUGUGUUGAACUCUAAAUAAUUGAUCCAUUUAAUCUUAAUUUUAGAUGUUAGAAUAAUUCUUUUAUUUAAUACAGUAAGUCAUUACACUGAUCACUUUAGAGCUGAAAGGAUCAAACUCCAUUAUUCAGCAUUUUAAAGGGUUGUAAAUCGACAUCUACACGUGAAUUGAUUUAGGGCGUUGAUUUGUGAAUCAGAUGAAAUCAGUGAAACAUCCUAAAUGAUCUUGAUAUUUAUGAUCCUAAUGAAGCUGCUCUGUCACAGCAGAGGAGUCAGACUCACAGGGUUAUUAUACUUUGAAGGAGAGCGCUGUUCAGAGUACAAAAUGUCCAAUCAGAGUCACUGUGCUGAGCUGACGUCCAGGGAUCCCUGGUUAAUGCGGUUUGAGUUCUAGUUUGGCUGCUUUCUCUGGUUCAAAGAGGUUUGGUACGGACUGACGGUCUGGUUAUAGACCUGUUCUUGUUCUAACUGUAAGACUGUGACCUCCUUUGGUUUAGUUUCAGCCUCAGCUCUGUGGUGGAUCUCCUAAAAAGUGCUCUGUCGGCUUCUGUGAUUCGUUUCCUAUCAGUCUGGUUAGCUGCACCUGUAUACUUAGCUUCGCUGGUAUCUGUUUUUUUAGGUGAAAUUAGCAAAAUGAGUGUUAAAGCAGCGGCGGUUCAACAAAAAAAACGCAAGAUUCAUUUAUAACAGACAGUAAUGAUAAUGAGCCUAUUAACACAGACAGCCAUGGUCACAUGAUCAGUCAGGUAAGAGUGCGAAUCUCUCAGCUAACUCAAGACUUUGACCCUGAUCAUACUUAUACCAGGAUACGGUCAGUGGCUUUACCUGUACAGGUACGACUGUCUGGACUGGACGACUGUCUCUGUCCCAAAAAUCACACAAUUGACAGAAUUAUGUCUACCUUGGUUACUGUCAGGUUGUCUUUACAUUCAUGUGGAAACACAGUUACAGCCCUGUGCCAUUUGUUAGGAACAUUUGCUAGUUUUUACGUCCUUCUUUGUCUGUGGAGGUUUUGGUUACUACCUGCUUCCCAGCAACUAAUUUUUCCUCAUUUUUUUGAUGUGCGAAAAUUGAGCAUGAUCAGAACUCUUGGUCCAGUAUUAGUGGGACUGAGACAAACAGGUGAACGUACUGAGUGAUUCUGAAAUUCCUGUAGAAUCCUAAACUGAUCACAGACAGAUCUAUCAGGAUAUGCUACUGACUUGAGGACUUCUAACAGAUGAAGCUCAGGGGUAACGUUAUUAACGACCACGAUAAAAACAUUUAUAUCUGGAAAGUCCUGCAUCAGUGUUUGAUCUCAGCUUUGACCCUAAAUGCUGAAUCUGAAAAUAGAGUUUCAAGCUUUAAAGGGAAAGUCUGUGAACUUUGCAGGUACUCUGAUCCAGCUCAGACUAGAAACCGUUGGAUGAUGAGCAAAACCACUGUGUGUUUGACUUUAAUAAGGUAACUCACCUCUUAGCAUGUCUGCUGCAGACACGGGCUGCUGUGGGAAUAUUUGGUUAUUGAUAUUUAGAGGAGAGGUCUGCAUAGAUCUGUAGUUUGUGUGUAGUUUGUGUAGUUUGUGUGUAGUGUCAGUCUGGUUUGGUUUAUAAUGAGGACGAAUAAUGGAUGUUAGUCAGCAGGGAGUUGGCGGAUGGUUUUAAGGUUUAAUUUCUAAACUGGCCAGCCUGUCACACUCAGACCUGAUCCAGAACCUCCCAGACCUUGACUGGAACAUGUCUGUCCUGUCCUGUUGUCUCAUUGUCCGCUGAUUGAUCAGCUGAUUAGUUUCAAACUGAUCAAUUUUUCAGCUCUAGAGCAACAAGCAGAAAUAAUUUAGCAGAGCUGGUCGAUAGAUGGAUCAAUGAGAUGAGGGUGGACUCAGAUUUAAAGUGGACUGAGGCUCCAGGGUCAGGGUUACUCAUGAGAGGGUCAGGGUCUUAGGCUCUGCAGACGUUUCUAAAGAACAGCUGAAGAGAGAGGACAUGUGGAGAUGAGAGAGUGAAGGAAGGAAUCCAGUAUAUGCUUAUGGUUGGGAAUUGAACCAGCAACCACUGUGACAAAGUCAGAAGCCUUUGUAUAUGGGGCGCCCCUUAGACCUUCAAGCUCGCAGUACCUGCUCUGCAGAUAUAUCUGGUUGUUAUUGGGUUAUCCUCUGACCUGCAGGAUUUCAGCUCCUCAGACGGUCUGUGAAAAACAGGUCAGUUUAGGGAGAGAAACCCCAAACUACCAUCUUCAGAGAGGCUGAAACGCUCCAUCCACUUCAUCAGCCAAAAAAAGGAGGAAGGAAAAGGAUUCUAAAUUUAGACCAGGACUAUGAGCAGGGACAGAAAUACAGGGUCAGACUGAGGGUCAGACACAGGGGUUCAGGGUGCUGAGCUGCAGGAUCACCCUGCAUUAAACAGACUUAUCCUCUUAAACACUGGAAGGAUAUCCACCUCUGCAGGUGAGCUCUGUCCCUGACAGACACAUCUGGAUGAAGGUGAGGAGGAGGCUGCAGAGACCUAUGAGUCAGACAGGAACAAGGUCUGAAUCUAAGAGGAAGAGAGGGACAGCAUCAGGGAUUAUUUUCCAGAUCUGAGCCGGUGAAUGUUGAAGUCUUCAGGCUGAUAUCUGUCAGGCUGUAGAAGUCCGUGACUAUCAGAUGUAGAGGUGGUUCCUCAGAGGACACAGAGAACAUGAGGAGCUUCAGUUUCUGUCCAAGGAGUCAGAAAAACAAACUCAAACACGAAGCGAUCAUCAGAACUAGUUAGUUAGCAGUCUGAAGUUAGCAUGUGCUGAACGUGAGACUGGAAGCUUAUUUUUAGUCCUCCUGUCAUGACGUAUUUGACAAGUGGACAUUUGACCUCUGACCCCAGAGUCAGCAGAGACAUCAGGGUUCAAUCUACAGGGACCAUAAGGAUUUACAACAGCCCAUCUGAUAGAUAAUCCACCAAAACUGACAAAACUACAAAGACAUCAAGAAAAAAAACCUAAAACAUGUGAUUUUAUAAGAGUGAUCAGGUCCAGAGAAGUCUUUGGUGGUUCUGGAUCCUGUUUCUACCUGGUUCCCUAUUUGCAUGGUUCAGUUUGAACCUCAUUUUUAGAUGCAGUGAUGAACUGUGGUUUUUAAAGUAAAUUUGAGCCCAGGACAUUUACAGGGUCCUGACUCUGGGAUCAUUUCGGUCUCUGACAGAAAUUUAAGCCUCAUAUUGAGUUCAGAUCUAGAUCCUGUUACAUCUCCUGAAACUGAAUCAGACGUCUCAGAGUGUCUGAUCCAGGUGAUCCUCUGAAACCCAGCUGUCAGAGGGGGUGGGGUUACACCUGUGGGCAGGUAACAGUCUGUCUGUGAGUAUACUCAGUCUGUGAGUAUCAUCAUCCAGAUACCACACUGAGAUCCAUCCCUGAGUCAGAUCUGCAGUGCAUUCUGGGACUUGUCCCCCUCUUUCCUUGUGUGUGUGUGUGUGUGUGUGUGUGUGUGUGUGUGUGUGUGUGUGUGUGUGUGUGUGUGUGUGUGUGUGUGUGUGUGUGUGUGUGUGUGUGUUAGUGCUCCGUUUGGCCAACCAUCUGGACUCUCACCACGAGCCCCUCACCCCAACAGAACUGGGACACUCUCUCUCUCUCUCUCUCUCUUUCUCUCUCUCUCUCUCUCUCUCUCUCUCCUCAGGGCUAAACAUGGAGGGAGCAGCAGCCCUGAUUAAAGAUGAUCAUUAAUUGAUGGGAACUAUCGAAGCGCUCCAUGUCAGUGAUAUUCAGUCUCUCACUCUGCGUCCUUUUUGGGACUUUUUGUCUUCUUUUGAAAGGACAGCUUAAGAGGGAGACAGGAAAUAAGGGGAUGGUGUGGGGGAUGGCAUCCACCAAACCUCGUCAGGACUAGAAAUUGAUCCUCUGACCGUUACAGAAGGACUGCAGCCUUUGUGCAUGCCCCACCACCUGAGCCAAAAGAGAGUCUUUUAGCUGAGAAGGUCAUCAGAGGUCACAGAUUGUCAUGCUGAUGAACAGGUUUUACUUCACUCAUGUCAUCCUCCAGCUCUCUGUUGCCCACCUGGCCUUUGUGAGCUAAUAUGGUGCCUGUGGUGAUGUCACGACAGGACUCAGUCACAUGACCAUGAAGGCAAAUUACUCCCACUCCUGCAGCUUCCUCUUAACUUCCUGGAAUGCUGUUGUUUUGUGGUUUUCUUUGUAUUGCUGCAGAAAGGCUUUAAAGUAACUCUGUUGUAACCAUGGCUACAGUGUAUUAUUGGUAGGGGCUCCCCUGGAGGGCUCGCCAUGUUUGUUUUGGUGUCUGAAAUUUCUUAUGACAUGUUGACCUCUUAGGCAGAUCACCCUUUUGAGAGAGAUCCUGAUCUCAAUGAGUUUAAUCUGAUUAUAUAAACAUUAAUAGUACUAAUAAUUCAAGAAGCCAAUCAAGGCAGCCCCCUGUUAUCAUCCUUGCUUCAGAUCCCCUCAUGAUUAAAAAUAACUUUCAUGGGACCUUUUACAUAAAAGUCAUUUCAAUUAUAGUCCCAGUCAUUUUCUUGUACAAAUACAGAGAAAACCCUUUACUGGUUAUGUUGAGAUUCAGAGUUUUAGACAACUGUUUAACAAAAGUCAGUUUGAUCAGUUUAAUGCUGUUUCUCUGACUUUUAAAGACUCAAAGAUGAGCUUGAUCAUAAAAUAAUCUUCAGUUAAAAACCCCGUGCAGCUUCUCAGGUCUGACUGGAAUCAGUGUGUUUUUGUUCGAGGUUUAAACUGGGACUGGAAAUUAUUGAAGAUCAGCUGUCUGUGGACACGGAGGGGGGUGGGGGGUUGGGGGGGGUGGUGGUGGUGAGAGAGACAGAGGUAUUUGUGAUCUGAUGUCUUGUGACAGUUUGGUAUUUGGAUGUGAAAGCGUUGAGGCUUUAUUGUGUUAAUCAUGGAAGGAGAGAAAAAAUAGAAAACACAACAUGGAUGUCCUUUUCUCUGCUCUUCUGUCAACACACUGACUCACUGUCCCUCUCUGUGUGUCUGUGUGUGUGUCUGUGUCUGUGGAGACAGGACUGUAAAGGUCUAAUCUUUGUGUACAGAACCUACAUAACAACGUAGAUCCUGGAUUUCAGUAUGAGCACUGUCCUGGUCUGUUUGUAGUCUGAGUUGUUUUGACCAAUCAGGUGUCAGCGGGCUUUAGAGUCUGCAGGAAAAACAGUCCGUAUGGAGAGCAAAAACAGGAGGAACACCCCUCCCUACAGUAGACAAUCACAAUUGGAACGGCUGUGAUCAAGUACAUCCUGAUCAAAUACAGCAUAAAGUCUGUUCAGAUCCUUCUAAACUGUCUUUUUCACCAUGUGGAGGUCUCAUCUAGUCUGGAUCACAACUGACAGACUGUUUCAUGACUAAAUAAGAUCUGUGGACCUGUAGGCCUGUAUGGUGGUCAUAUAGUGUUAACGCUGUAGGGCAGCCACCCUUCACUGUACCUCUGGUUCAUGUCUGCUGCCGCCAUGCUACAGUGCUCCACCACCUGGAUGUAAAGGUUUAAAAGAGCGUCUUACACAUCAAACUCACACACCGCUUCUCAUGCUGACAUCAGUCUGCUUUAUCCAGCAUCACUGAGAGGAGGAGGAGGGGGAGAGGGAGGAGGAAGAGGAACAUAAAUCUGAUAGAGCAUGAGACUUCUCAGGGACAACAUGCACUCACACGUGCGUGCGUACACACACACAUAUACACACAAGAAGACACACACACACACACACGUUCUGGUUGUGUGGCUCUGAGGGGACCUUGCAGAUUAAUGAGUGUAUAGGUGCUGCAGUGCAGAGUCAGGACCGGGGGGAGGGACAGAGGGGGAGAUUUAUGGCAGAGGGGGUUGGUAAGAAGGAUGGGUGGGGGGUAAAGAGGAAGAGCUGAGGAAUGAAGAAAGGAUUUAUAGGAGAUGAGGAGGAGGAGUGAAAAAGGAGGCUAGAAGAGGUGACAGGUGGAGGAGGUGAGGAAGAAAGGGGGAGGAGAGGAGAGGUGCAUGAGAGGUUUUAUUGUUUGCAGAUCAGACUCACUUGUGAUGAAGUACUGCAAAGUCAAACAAGACUGUGUGUGCGUGUGUGUGUGUGUGUGUCUGUGUGUGUAUUUGUGUGUGUGUGUGUGUGUGAAGAAGCUCCUCCCUCCACCUGAAAUAAGGAGAAAACAUUGAAGAGACGGGGUGAGCUCCUCAUCUCCUCCACAGCUGUCCGUCUGUCUGUGGGUAUAGUGACGCACAUAUAAUCCCCUCCCCCACCCCCCUCCCCCCACAGCUGGCCUCCUCCCCCCUUUGACCCUCAGUCCUUUUAUAGCCUCUGACAUGCAGCGCAAUCCUGAUCUUAGAGAUGCUGUGUGAGCAAGCAAACCUGUUUUAGAGCCUUUAUCCAAGAUGAUGAUGAUGAUGAUGGCGAUGAAACUGCGCAGAUAACAGCAGAAUGAAGAGGAUCAAUCAGUGCUGCAGCGGUGCGUCACUGUACCUAAAAUAAAUCAGUCUAAUCUCUGAUAGGGGAAACAAAUGAAAUGUUCUGGUGCUGAUAUCUGAGAAUAUAUGUUCUCAGAAACAUGGAGGAGGAAGAUGAAUCUAUCAAUAUUUAAAUUGAAUUAAAUUUAAGAAGAUGAGCUCAAGAGAAAAAGGGAUUUUCAGAGAAAAUACAAACAGGACUGACGAUUACAAAUACAGAUGAUGAUGAUGAUGAUGAAUAAAUAUUGAAACCUUUCUGGGCUUCAAACACAAAUUUAUUCAUGUUGAUUUAUUUGGAAAGUCCUCUGCGGCUCAGAGGGAUACAAUAUUGAUCAAUUCAUCCUUAUAACUCCCACAGUGACCGUUAGAGGAGAGGCUGAGAUGUGCUGUGUAAAUCGUAACACCCCCACCUGCAGUAAGCUGUUGAUGCUAAAGGAUUGAGAACAGAUGUCUAUUCAAGAAGACAGGGCUGUUCAAAUGUGUUCAAAUAGUCAAGGGACUUUUACGUCUUUGCACCCUGAACCUCACUAAACAUCCAGAUCUUAUCACCCAGAUCGUAGCAUCCAGUAACAUACAGUCCCACACCCCCAGAUUUAUCAUAGUCUAUGCACAUUAAACUGUGUGUUUCAUACUAUUUAAACACUCUCCUCCAUGUUAGUUUAACGAAGCUGGUUGGUUUGAUGUUUAAUACAUAGAUAUGGGAGUGAUACUAAUCUUGUUGUGUAACUCUGCAUCAGAGUGAAUUAGUGUAUUUCCAGAAAUGUUGAACUGCUCCUUUAAACACAGCUUGUGAGAGACCAGUCAAAGCUGCUUAUACCAAAUAGUCUCUCCUCUUUACCUCUGACACAUCCUCUCCAUACACAGGCAGCCCACAACAUCCGAACAGGCCUCAUAUCCUGAUGUCUCUAUCAACUUGAACAAUACAGGUUUUACUGUUGAGGGCAUUUAUUCACUUUUUUAAUAUAUGACUAUUUUAACACUCCAGCGUAUGGCAGAUUAGACUCGAGCAGCUGUGUGCACAUGUUGAGGAGCUAAGUAUUUUAAUCCUUAAUCUGAAGUGAACAGCUGAGUUCUUCAUAAAUUCAGUCUGUUCAGGUCUCAUGAAUAAAGAAAUAAGCUACAGAGACUCAAACUGUUUCUGUUCCAGCCUGUAAACAUGCCUGUUUCUGCUGUGAAGUUUAACACUGGGCUCAAUGGGGGGUGAGUCACUGCAAGAUACAGCCUCUAGUGGACCCCGGAGGAACUGCAGCAUUUAUGUUCAGCCCUUCAGGAUACAGUUUAAGCAGACCUGCAUUCAUGGUGAACAUCACAGACUAAAUUUUCCUCAGUGAUCUACAAACUAGCUCCCUAAAGAUCAAACCUGCACCAUGAUGUCUGUGCACAUACACAGACAGAUCACAGACCUGCACACAGACGCCUGUGAUCUAGACGGAUCAGAUUAUUGAAUAUCAUGUUAUAGAGCUCAAACAUAUCAAGGACUCCCUGAAACCUGAAGUCCAUAGUAAUCCGUUUCCAUUAAUGUUGAAGUGUUUUUAUCUGCAUAUUUGAAUCUGGAGGUCCUUUGAGACCCGCUAAUAUUGACAUAAGCAGGAACUGAGAUGGUGCAGCUGGACUCUGCUGAUUGGAUGAGAACGACCGUUCACCCUGGUUCUCGAUGAGUUUCUACAUUUGAAGCUUGAAUGUACGGAGAGUUAAAACCUGACACUUGAACUGCUGAAGAUGUCACAGGACCGCAGGGCUGUUUCUGAUAGUACAUGAUGUGGGUUGUGGCAGCUGUCAGCCAAAACAUGUCUGUGAUCUGUUGUGAGCUGCAGGUUUUCAGUGGGCUGUAGUUUCAGGUGGAAGAGCUGUGGAAGAGCUGAAGGUUUGUGUCAGCAGGUAGAGCAGUCAGUAUAUACGGUAGUUUGAGAGUGUGUGGGUGAACGGUAACCUACCCUGCUGUAAAUUAUGCAUCCUGCCUCAGAUAACUCAUUAUUCAUGAGCAGAGCUGCAUCAUACAGGUGGUGGUGGUCUUGGAGGUCAUUAGCUGAGGAGGUUCAGUGAAAACUCGAUGACAGCUGACACACCCUGCACUUUCACAGAGGUGAGGACAACAUGAAUAAAUACCAAGUUAUAUGAUUUAAAAAUGGAUGUCAUGUAAAUGUCAAACUUACAAGAAUAAUUUGUCUCUUUCUGUUUUCAGGAAAUACACUCCUCCAUCUGCACCUCCAGUUUGGUCCAGGACUUACUGAGGGCCCAGACCUUUAUGAUCUGUGGUGUUCAUGUUCAGCUGUAAAGAAACAAAAAUAUCAUGUCUGUAAAAAAUAAAAGGGUUCAGUUUGGCGAGUCUUUUGUUACUUUGACUCUACAGAUGCAGAUUGAGGAUUUCUUUUGGCCAAUCUCUGAUCUGAGUUGACAUCACUGUUACCAGGCAGGAAACUAAGGUCAGCUUUUCCUUUGAAGUGGAGCUCUCGUUUGUAUGAUCUCUUUCUUCACGUUGAAGUCUUCAUCCAGACGUCAAACUCAGCGUGUCCUCUUGACGAACAUCAGAAUUCCAUCCAUCCAUCUAGAUGUGGUCAAACUUCUGUCCCUGACUUUGUUGAUCAGACUGUGAACGUGUGCCUCUCAUGGGCCUGAUGGUCUGUCCAUAACUGAAGGGUCUUUAUCCUCAAACACACUUUUAGAGCUUUAGACCGCGUGGCCUCCAGAUAUACAAACUGAGCAGCUUCAUGAUGUCAGUGCUACAACUUAAGGGAAAAAAAAGCUGAAAUCUACCCUGUAAAUAUCAAUGUACCUGCAAGAUCAGCUGACUCUUAAAGGGAAUGACAGCAGACACUGAUUGGUUUGAUUUACAUGUAUGUUAUGCCAAAAAUACAUUUGAAUAAUAAAGGGAGAUAAUUCGGCUUUGACUGCACCUCACUCAGAGUCCAGACUGAGCCAGCGUGCCGGUGGACACACUCAUAUACUGGAGCCCUGCGAUCAUGGACCAUAAACUCAUGAUGAAAAUGUUUAAUGAAGGUAUAAACUGAAAGAGAGAAGGACUCAUAAUAAACCUGAACACCCAGAGGUCUUUGGCAGACAGCAGGACUUUCCUCUGCAGUCUCUUAGACCUUUAGAUCCACAGGUCUCUACACUGGCUCUCCAGGUUUUUAAGCAGACUGAGUCCAUGUCUUAUUUUCGUGUCUGGUGUAACGCUGCUUCAUGGCUUUGUUUUAGUAACAAACACGUCCACUCGUGCUUCACCUAUUCACUAUCUGAGCCAUCAGUAAAAACAAAAAUAAACACAUUUCAUUGGUGGUUAGGAUAAGAUAAGAAGAACUUUAUCUAUCCCUGAGGGGAAAUUCAAUGGUUGGUAUUUUAUGUAAAUGAACACAGAACCAGACACCUGUCAAAGCUUUCCGACCAUAACAGCAGAGUGAUACUAGGACUUUGGGGUAUAGUGCAUUAGCAUUUUUACCUUUAUAGGAGACAAUGUGGAAGUUUUUCACACACUUGUCUGAUUGUGAUGACAACAAGCACUGACUGAUGAUUGACAGAUUUACCAACUAAUCAUUUUCUGGUGCCUGUGUGUCAAUGGUUUGUUCCAUGUAUAGGCGGGGCUACGGUGGAAAAAUGACAUGGAGCCUGCUAUGGUGCAUCAGAGUGCUAUGCUUAUGUGUUUGCAUCAGCAUGGAGCCUACUGGCAUGAAGCACUGGAACCAAGGAUCUACCCAGGAGACAUGAAUGAUUUUGGUGUCCAUGUUGUCGUCACUUGACCUACGGGAUAAUCUCCUGAAGACAUGGUGUGUUCCUCUGAGUUUUGUUUUAUUCAGAUGCCAAGAGACCUGUUGAGUAUGAUGCUUCUCUCAGUGAAGCGGGGAAUGAUCUUCGAGUUGGCAGCGUACUCCAAAUAAAAACCCAUCAGACUCUAAACUGCGGCGAUGUUUAUGAGGGAGCACUUCUAAUCUGUGUGGUGGCCUGAAUACCAAUCUGUCUCUUAUCAAAUCUAAUUGGUAAAUCUGCAGGAAAAAGACCCUGCAGCCCAAACUUGGUCCAGAAAUGACCCACGAGGACGGUCUUAGUGAUGGAGAGCAUCACUUUAAGACCAGGCCCCGAUCGGCACAUUUGAUGGAGCUUUUAACAACGUGUUGAAUCCUGUUGUGUUUGGAGUUUGCUGCCAGCUGAAACGAGGAAGUGAGCCAAAGCGUGAGAGAGUGAAUAGAAGAGUGAAUCAAUGAGUGUGAGAGAGAGAGCGGAAGACAGAUACACAAAAACAAAACAGCAUCGCUCUCAUUGGCAGGAGCCAAAUACCCGGCCAAGCCUGACCCUGACACCUCAUCUCCAAGCAUCAAAGCAUGAUGGAAAAGUACCAGUGACCAGUGUGUGUGUGUGUGUGAGCAGACAGUGUUUUCACUACAAAUGCCCUCACAGCUCACAUGGCCCAUUGAUAGAUUAUUGGAACAUGUCUAGCAUUUCUGUGUUAGCCUCUUCAAACUAGUGAGCCCCCUCAGGGACUGACUAGCCCCCCACCGCCACCCAACCCCCCACAUGAUGGUCUCAGAUACAGUGCAUGGUCCAACACAAACUGACAGGCAAUGAAAAAAUUGAUUAUGACACUGAAGAGGGCCACAGGAAUACACUAAUGGAGUCUCUUUGAGCACUGUGUCCACAUUUCUUUACAAAGUUUAAAGGAUGAUGAGGAUAAAGACAAAGUAGGGGCUUGUUAAUGCUGUAAUAUCUGAUCAAAUUAAAGAGCAAAGGCACCAAAACCUCUUUGUUUCUUAUGAAUGCCACACUCUUUGUAGUGAGAUACUGAAGUCUUAUGUCUUACUUCUGUUACGCUUUCCCCUGGUGUUAUCAUUUUCAUUCAGUCAGCCUCAGCUGUAGAUACCUGAUCUUCUGAUGGGAGGUUAUGGCUGGAUACUCAAUUUUCAAGGAUGUUUAAUCCACAAAUUCAUGUUAUUUUCCAAACCUUUCAUCAUUCUCCUUUUUGGGUGGUUAAAUAUUGAAGCAGUGAACAUGAAAAGACUUCUCAUGAUUGCUUGCUAUGAUCAGAACCAACCACAGGCUUCAGAGCCCUUUUUGUGGGUCACCUGUUAUGGGUUACCUGAUUGCCCAUAUGUGGUUGUUGUUAGUCUUUCUUAAGAUUCUCAAGCCUUGGGAAGAGACGACUCUGUGCAACAUCUUUCAGUUCUCAGUUUCUGUAUAUGGUUCCUCACAUUACCUGAAACCAUCUCAGGGGGAACAUAUCUCACCUUCUUCAUGUUUGGACUUCUGACAUCACUGUUUGUUGGACCAUCUCUCCUCAGGUUGUGCUGGAUUCUGGCUCGAAUGACCCAGUAAUUCCUAGGCCUUUUUCCAGUGUCAGCCCCAUCUUUUAUCUUCCAUCAGAUCACUGUGCCAGAGUCCUCCAUAGGCCCUUUGCACCAACAUAUAACAGAUAAACCAAUCAAGGGCUCCAUAUCAUGACCCCCAGCUUUAAAUUGUGUAGGCUGCCUUAUGCAACCAAAACAAUCCUGGUCCAAUGAGACUUGAACUUCUCUAGACUUCUGAAGGUGUGCUGUUGCAUCUGGCACCAAGAUGUUAUAGCAACAGAUCCUGUAAGUCUUGGAAUUUGAGGUUGGGCCUCCAUGGGUUGGACUUGAUGGUCUGGCUUAUCUUACUGAUGCUGGAUUGGAUUAGAUUCAGCAGGAUAAAAGACCAAGUCCAUGACUUGACCUCAUUUAUUCAUCCAGCUGCAGAGUAGCAGGUAACAUUAUCCCACUGAAAACGGUCAUUGCAGCUUGGAUACACUCAAUCCAUGAAAGUAGUCUGCAACAAGGUCUACCAGAAAAACAUGGCAGAGACCAUCCAUUCCACUUCCUGUACCAGCUUCCUUUAUGGUGCAUGUUGGCUGCAAACACAGCUGACCAUUCACAUCUUGGAAGAGAAAAAUGGACUUAUCAAACCUGACCUUUUUGCAUCAAUCUGGGUUCAGUCAAUUGUAGGUGCUUCUAGAGGUGGAAAGGGGUGUGCAUGAAGACCUUUACCGAUCUCCAAUUCCACAGCCCCAAACCAUGAUGCUGUGUGUGUUUUGACACCUUUCUACCAGAUACAGCAUUUACUUUUUCUGUAGUUUGAGUUCCAGGAGCUCCUCUGUUGGAUCAGACCUGAAAGGCUAGCUUCUCCCCCACAAACAAAUGAGUAGAACUUGCCUGUCCACGACCCUUUCUCUGGUUCACUGGUUGUCCGUCCUUGGACCUCUUUUGGUGGGUCCUAACCCCAAUGGACUGGUGGACCAAUGUCACUCUUAUCUUCCUGCUUGCCAAUUUUGGUGCCUUAGCACGUCAACUUCAAGGACUAGAUGUUGACCUGAGAGAUCCAACCAGUUGCAGGAAGGUGACAUUCAGAGGUCACAUGGCGGAGAAGGGUGAAUUUUUCUUUUCUUGAACUCAGGAAACCUACCUUGAGAAUCAUGGAGACCCAUUUUCUUCUGGGGUUUGCAGGUUCUCCUUCAUGGACCUGGGUGGAGUAAAUCUUUCUUACUUUGAAGGGGACUUCUGGGUCAUGUUGUUUACCACAGCAGACUCACCUCAUAAAUGGUUCAUGGUAUGUUUUAGCUACUGAUGUCUUCAGUUUUUUCACUUAAUACUCUCAGAUAGGAAGAUGUGGUCCAUGGAGAAAAGAGGUCCAACAGGAAUCACAUUCUUGAUCAAUCUUUAAACUGAGCACACCUACAGUGUAGCCUUGGUUUGUGAGAGGAUUGAUGGUCCCUCAGGAAAUCUGUGCUUGGUGCUGCCUUGAUUGAUCCAGAAACCCUUACCCUGACCUAGCAUAAUGGUCUUACACUUCUGUCCUCAAUAAAAAGGAUGAUUUUUUUCGGAAAAUGGUAUUUUUCAGAUCUGUUUAUUUGGCGAGAAUGACUUACAUGUUUUUUACAUUUUGUACAACUUUGUCAUGCAGUCUGGAAUUCCACAACCCUGACCCAGUUGUGAGCAGUUCAGUGUAAGUCUUGGUUCAGUUUGGACUAGUCCUGUCCAAGAGUUGAGCUAUGUUUCAUCAUUUCACAGAACCCUUAAAAACUUGAACCUCUGCACAUCCUCAUUUCUGACAGACUGAGGUCGGAAUAGCUUGUUGAGUUUCCAUAGGCUCCUUCCCAAUAAAGUCAGCAGACGGUCGAGUCAAUGAGUAAAUGAUAGAAUUUAAGCUAAUCCCAUGUCCUGGUGUAUGGAUGCCAAGUACCCCAAGUACCAGAAGGACAGGUAAAUGACUGAGAUGAACCAGUAUGUAUUUCUGGGACAAAAAAGGCUCCAAUCAGGAAACCCCCUGGAUGAUAAACAGGAAGUUUCUUAGGAAAACUCUGUUUCCACGUGAACGAACUCAUGUUUCUGUUUAUGUCAGGUACCUUUAUUUUGUGUUUUUCUCUCACUUUGUACCACUGAUGCUUUUCUGGCCUCUAAUGUAGUGUUCAAUUCUUUUGGCUUGUUUUAUUUGAUUUGCUCUCACUGUACAGCCUCAUGUGUUUAUGUUUCCCUAUUAAAUUCAAUGAUAUGCAAAGCACCUUGUUUUUGUGUUCAUUAGUACAGACACUUGAGGGUCAACGUGUCAUGCUUUUCAAAAUUAACCAAUUCAAUAGUUUGGGUUUUGAAGCAUCCACAAAGAAGGGCAAGGCUCAAAACCUGGACCCGGUCCUUUCACUUUCUUACUGGGUUGUCUUAGGCCCUGUUUACACCUGGUACUGACAGAAGAGACAGGUUUGGAAAAGAGCUUUAUACAACAUGUUGUUGCAAAAGCUUGUCAACACUGAGAUCUUUGUUUUGCCCAAAGGGCCCUAUGGUCACCUGACUCGGUUCUAAAGUUUCAUGGUUGGUGUUCGCUCAUCCUUUAAUUGUUUUUUUUUUUUAAACUACUGCCUCAAGUGUCAGGGUCCCUGCAGCAUGUACUCCUAAGUUUUCUUUGUUUAAUGUGUAUUUACAGUCAGAUUUUGUCUUUGGUCUAAUUUUUGACGAGACAGUGAAAUGACCUACAAAUGACCUUGUCUUAGCUGAUAGGAUCAGGGUUCAUACAUCAGUGUAACUUUAGAUGGAUGGUUUUGAAUUUGUGUUUGAUGAUUUUUUAAGUUAAAGUUGAUCCUUUUAGCCAAAACUGUCUGACAUCCCAAAUGAACUAAUAUGGAUGUCUCUGUAUUUUUCAUUGAUUCUUUAGAUCUACGUUCAUCACACUUAAGAAGUAUAUGGCUAUUGCCCUAAAGAUGUUCCUGAUUAUACUGUUAAUACCAAGUGUGAACAGGGCCUUUAGUGUGCCCUCCCUCCUGAGGGCUCCUAAACCCUCAUUUGUUUCUGCAUGGCUUUCUUUAUUUUAGGCUUGGUCUGUCCUAUCUGUAUUCUUUCAGCCUCACUUGUUUCUUUUCUUCAUCUUCAUCCUCUUCUUUUCUGUCUGUACUCCUCCUUUUUUCUCAUUAGUGAGCCCCUGGCAGUGAUUUUGGACCAGUUAGUACUUUGGGACUAUGACUAAUCCAAGUGGUGGUCGGCAGGGUUAGAUUCCUGCUGGUCAUUCUUCUCUCUUCCCAUCACUUCCAGUUUCUUUUCCCAGUCCAAUGUUACUUGGCCAUGCAUUUUUUAGUUUUUUUUAAAUGUCCCCUGUCUGUGCUAGUCUUGGUCAAACAUGGUAGGCUACUGCACAGUGGUGAUAGGACAUCUGCAGCUGCUGGGCUGCUAAUUCGCUCAAAGCCUUUUAUCUAGGGAAGAAAUCCUGAUAAUUUUGCUGUUCUGCUGAACUGUAAAAACAGACAUAGUUGGUUUAAUUUACAGGUAAAACUCUCAUAACCCAACAGAUGCGUUGAGCUUUAUGCCAACAUUAGUUACAGCUUUAGCAUGUCAGAAAACACUACUUCAUAUUAGUGUUCAAAGACUCUUGGAUGCGGACAUGGUUGGCUGAUACUUCAUAAAACUGAUCCAGGAGAAUUUAAUGACUAACCAUGGAAAUGGAAAUUGACUUGAACGUGUCACAGGGUUUCAACAAGUCCCGGUCAUAAAGUCUUUCCUACAUGGUAAUUCAUUAUCAGUGGUCUGGCUCACUUAUAACCUCAGCUGUUGUGAUGCAACACCCCCCAAAAACACACGCCUUCCCAUUCACCCACUCACCCACACAAGCGCUAUUCAAAUCUGUUACUGAUUGAAAAAAUCAAAGCAAUGAGGGUGAAAUCCAGACUAAGCUGACCUUACAUUGAACACCAGGACAGAAGAUGCUUGUUUUGUGAGGACACAGUUGUCUUCAGUCCACUUCUCAACUGGUUGAGAAUGACAGCCCAGACACUCUUGAUGAACGUGGUAUACAAUAAUCUCUCCUCCACUUUGUAUCUCAUCAGUUGUUUCAAGAUGAAGAUUGAUACCAGCCUGACUAUGCCCCAGCUUCCAGAGGCCCUGUCCCAGGCAGGCCUCCAGUUCACUGUGGCCACUGAGGAGGACUUCGAUGAUAUCAUGGCCAUGAGCCAGGACAUCUAUGGAGGCCUGGACUACCUGCCUACCAGAUACAGCAGCUGGCUGCAGGAGACCAACCGCACUGUCAUACUGGCCCGCAAACAGGGGAAAGUGGUGAGUUUAAACAAAUGUUUGUACUUGUUUCUGUUUGUUUCUGCAAUAUCCUCCAUGAAUGCCCCCUUUGGUUCACAGACCCUUUGAGAAUGUACGUGAUAAACUUUGUCAUUUGAGCUCCAAUCAACCUUUUUAAAUAACACUUUAAAUGUAUGUUAUUUUUUUUAGGGCUUAAAGGCCUCAGUGGCUCUGUGUGUUUUUAAGGCAGCCAGCCUUGUUCUUAAAACUUGAGGUAUUCCAAGCUAUAUCCACAUUUAAAGUUGACUGGAACAAACUGGAACCUCUACAGUCUAUUCUGAAUUAUUCUUGGGUUUUCUUCCAAGAACAAAGCAGAAUCCAUAGUCCACCCAAACAAGUUGCUCCUUUUUUGCACGAAGAAGCUGGAGUUCAUCUACAGUGGAUGUCUAAACUACCUAACAGUCUUCAAACGUGGGCCCAGGCUCUGUGUGAGGGGAACUACAGCACUGAUCUUAGCUUCUCUUGAUGUGAAGUUUCUGUCUUCCUCUGUGAUGUCCUGCAGAUUGCGCUGGAGUCAGUGUGUGUGAUUGACAAUGGGGAGACCAUGCUGGUUGAAGGUCUCCGUGUUGCCCCUCAGGAAAGGGGCAAGGGUGUGGCAGGAGUUCUGCUGCGCUUUUGCUCUGAGCUUGUCAAAUCCAAGUACCCAGAUGUUAAAGUAACCCGCUUGACCCGUGAUGAUCAGCUUGGACCGAAGGAUUUUCAGAAGUAUCGCAUCAUUACCAAGCAGGUACCAGCAGCAUAAACAGACAAAAGGUCCAUUUUAUGUGCUUAUUGUUGUAGGUCAUGGUUCACUCACACUUUGACUUUCUUCCCUCCAGGGUAUUCUGCUGGUGCGCUUCAAAGCUGAGGAUCUGAAGCUCCAUCUUUCUGAGCUUGGUGUAGGUGAAGACAUCCAAUCACCUUUGUCUAUCACCUCCUCUAAUUCUACUCCAGUGCGCCUGGACCAAACAGCUAUCCACCGUCUGUAUCUGACUACUGACAUGAUGCAAGGGGUCCUUCCUAAUGCCACCAUCAUUCAAGACUGGCAGCCAUUUAAGGUUCUGCCCAGUAACAUGGCCAUCCUACUGAAGAAGGAAAUUGACUGGAUGGUGGAUGAUGUGUCCAAUCCAACAGUGGCUAGCCUCUGCACCUUCCCCUUCAGGGUGCCUAUUGGAGAUGACUGGUAAAUGUCCUUUCUCAUGUCAAACACAUGCUAUAAGUUAAGGCAGGGAUAAGAACUGUCCAGAAGUAAUUAUUCACAAUGAAUUGGGAUGUACCAUUGUCCAUCAAAGUUUUGGUUGAUUAUAGUCAUAAUGACAGUGACAGGGGUGAUUGUUAUCCAAAGAAAAAUUGUAUGUAUGUAUAGAUAUUGAAAAUUGUCUUCGGUCAACACAAAGCCCUGGGGUCAGUUUGACCAGAGCAAAGUGAACCUAGGUAGUUUUCAUUCCUGAUUUUGGCUCCUAACCUCUAUGGAGCCUUGAGCUCAACUUGGAUUCUCAGUUGAAUUCAAGUUGGGGGAUUCUGAGGUGUUCCUCUGCCAGAAGGGAUGUAUGGUUCCUCAGUGCAUUUGUGGUCCACCAGAAGGUGUCCCUUUAGAUAGAUCUGCCAGAAACCUCCCCAAAGGAAGGUAUCCAAGGGGCUUUCUUUUUAGACCUAACCGACAAGGCCCUUAGCCAGAUAUUCCCAGGUCUGUCUGGCAGCCUCCCCAUUACUUUAAUCCAACCAUUGGCUGACAGUUCAGUUCCCCUCUCCUAUACCAACUGUUCCAGAGUGGCUUAUGAUCAGAUGAUCAAGCUACAAAGUCCAUCUUUGAUCUGUGGCCUCAGAUGGUUUGGUACCAUGUACACUUAUGAACCACCCUAUAGUCAAACGGUGUGUUUGUUACACACAGUCCAUGAUUCGCUCAAGUUUGCUGACAAAACCCACUUCAGUGCCAAUCAGGCAAGACAUUCCUCCUAAUCUUCUCCUACUGGUUUCUUUGUUAUUGUCCACAUGAGCAUUGAAGUCCCCCUGCAGAGCUUUGGAGUCCCACCCAGUGAUUGCAACAGGGAUGUGUACUCUGAACUGCUAUAGACAAGCCUGUGAGCACCUCCAGAAAAGGAGGGAAACCACCUCUGUUCAAUGAGUUUGGUUUGGGGAUUGGUAGGCUAAGCCCUGCACCGUUUGUCACCCACUUUGCACUGAAACCAGCCUCUAUGCCUGUCUUGACUGAGGUGUACAUUAGAAACCACUGCUCCUUAUAACAUGAACCACUUUCAUUGAAACCAGACAACAGUGUUACAAAGAUGUCGUUUAGAUAGUGAGGUACAGUGGAGAUUUUUCUCUUGUUUUCCAAUGUACAUGGUGGCUCUAAGAUAACACACGAGUUCUGUAUUCUUUUACUCAGCUUCUAAUACAUUUUCUUUUUGUAUUCAGGUAUUACCUGAACAUUGACAUGUUCGGUAAAGACCUGGCUCUGGUCCAGAAGCAGUUCUUGUGUCACCUGCAGCGCCACACUGCUACUCUGAAGGGUAACGUGAUGUGCCAGAUGUUUCUGGACCCCCCACUCUGGAAGCCCAUGGCCGAUUUCUGCAUCAACACCUUGGGUGUAGAGCUGGUGAAGGAGUACACCGAGCAGUGUGUGGUGGAGUCAGAUGUUGUCUAGUUACAGGAGGUGGAUGGAAACAAGAAGAUGAAGGAUCCCGAAUGAGGAUGAGGGUCUCUACAAACCAGGAAUGGACACAACUCAUUACACUCAACAGAAAAACAACUCUCUGUGCUGAGGAGGUAGAAACCAGGCAAACAAAACCGGCUCUCUGAAACAAAAUCACCUCUAAGAAUUCAGUAUGUUACAUCACAAACACACAGAUAAAUUCAGGCUGUGGACAUAAAAUCAUCAACAUACAUUGAACAAUCACGUUAACAACUGUAACCACUCAGAAAUUUGGAGGCACAAACAGACCAAAAGAAAGUUCUUAUGAUAUGAUUGAAAUCAGCUGUUUUUGAUAUUAUGUCCACCCUUUUUAUCUCCCACUGAACAACAUGCAUACAGACAACAUGCAAACACUUUUCCUUCAGAUUUAAGUAUGCUUAGGGCAUCUCAGACAUUUAUCAGUUCUUUCUGUAAAUAUGAUCUUUCCAAAUAUGUACAUUGGCUGAGUUGGGUUACUAAAUCUGCACAACUCUGAAGGCACUUUACAGAAACCACGCUAACAAGCUGUGUCUACAAUGAAAAGGAAUAGUUCAGGAUCAAAUAGGAAUUAUUAACAGAUCACACAGCAACAAAACUGACGUGUUUAAUCAUAAACAAGUGUCACCGUAGAAAUGCCAAACAAACAAACAAAAACAGAGCCAUUUAGAAAAAACAAAGUGGUUGACAAUUUAUCCUUCAUCAUGGUUGAGCUUUUGUUUGCGUUCGUUUUUUUUAUUCAAUCCUUCGAGUGUGUGUGUAUAUAUAUUUAUAUAUAUAUACACACACACAUUAUAUUACUAAUAUUUUUACUUAAAAUGCUGCAAUAAAAUUUCAACUUAAAUUAUUAACUGCUGAAGCUGUGAGUGAAAUCUAGGUAAAUCUUUUUAGGCUGCUAGAAAAGGCUAAACAAAAUGCUUCAUAACCGUAAAUUAAGGAACAGUUUGUUUUAGAGAGUGCAGGGACAAUAACUAUAAUGAAAACAAACAUUAGAAUUAACUAUUAGAUCACCAAGAGCUAAAAAAAAACAUUUUUAUUAUUAUAUCAUUUUUAGCCAUAUUAGAAAAUAAUGUUUUUCAAGCAUACAUGUACUUGCAGUAUUGUUGAGUAUAUGAAGGAUGGCACCAAUUUCUGCAGGACUUAAAUUUCCUCAAAGUAAAGAUUACUCAUUCAUGUCAUGUUUUAACCAUUUCAGGUUUCUUAAACAUCUGUUUUUGAAACUUAAGCAACCACAAAAAAAUAAAAUCAUCCAAAAUUUAAAAGGAAAAAGUAAAACCGUUAAAUAAAUGACUGAAAAUGACGUUCAAGCGAUGCUAGAUCCUCUCACUUCUCAAACCCAGAUAACAAUUUGAACAGUCAUUAAAGUUAGUGCAUUCAACAGUUUUCAGAAAUUUAGUUUGGUUCAUGACCAAAAACCUUCAGAAGUAAUGACCUCAGAUCAGUUGUAUUUUUGAAUGCUUAUAAGCAGAUGUAUGUGUGCUAACAUGUGAGCUAUUCAUCAUCAUGAUAAAUGUCAUUACAAGCGUGUUAGCAUACAAACAUUAGCAUUUAGCAUUAGCAUUUGCUGUAACCUCUCACAGCUGUUAGCGUGAUGUGACCCAUGGUCAAGCAGCCAUGGAAUAAGCACAACACCAGAUAUCAUGGUGCCAUUACACAUUUCUAAUUCAAUGAGACAACACGUACUUUGCCUCUAGCUAAGUGUUGUCAAUGCUUUAACAGAAUUACUGUAUUGUCAAGUGCAUGGAUGUCCUCAGAGGCUUGAUAGCAGGCCUAAAAACUUAUUCUCGUAAAAAACAAUUUUUUUAUCAUCAUUAAAAUGAUGUCACAAAAACGUCCACAUCGGCACACCAACUCCCUAAAUCUCCCUUUAAAUGUCAAUUUAGAGGGUUUGACACAGGAACAUUUGUCUGAGCCAGACAGGAAUAUCUUUUUGGAAACAUUGUGGUUCAUAUGGAACUAUUUUACCUCCUAGUUGCCUUGACCAGCUUUUAUCUCAAUUUUUAACACCCUCUGGUAUGCAAUUUUUGAAGCUGACAGGGCCUGUUUUCUGGGGGAUUUAAAUGAUGUGACAGAUAAAAUAAUUAGAUUUUACAUUGUAGGGAAAAAACAUUAGAGUGGACGUAGUCCUCAUUAUAUUGCAGGGACCAUAUGAAACUUUUUUUCUAACCAAAGAAAGUCACCUCUCAUUUACAAUGAAGCCCUAUUAUUUGCUGCUGGAGUGGAGUGAAGCUGUGGGGGUUUGAAGCCGUGGGACUGAUAACUAUCACAGUUUGUUUUCUCGUGAUCACAGAAUUAUCUUGUUAACCUGUUUGUUAGUGGCAUAAUGCUAGAUUGUUUUUGGUCCUGGUAGCAUCACCAGCAAGCUAAGUGAGUAAACUCAGUGAGAACCCUCUUCUGCCUCACCCUGACCUGUCAUGAGGGAUUCAAGCCCAAUCUGAUCCAACAUACAUAAAUCAACCAACCACCUGUUUGAUACUGGGCAGGCCCUUUCUUUUAGGUUAGGUUCAAAACAGUCCUGCCCCAACAACACAGUCCUCUGAAGAUGAGGUAUCUUACACUGAGUCCUUGGUGGCAGAUUCUUUAAGUCCUGGAACUUUUUAGUUGGGGCCUCCAAGGAUCCCAAAGACCUUCAUUAGGUUACAAUCCAAGGAGUUUGGAGGCCUCCUUGAACUUGUUGUUCUGUUCCUCUUGAGCACCUUCUCCCAUCCUUCUGUGGACCAGCUCUGAUGCUCACAUACUCAGGAGCUUUCUCAAGCAGUUCUUAUGUUGAAUCAGAUCACAUGGGCCAGCUCCUAUUCCCAACCAGCAUCAAAAAGCCUUGUCUGUCUAUGACUCUGUCCCUGGUUCAAAGGUCUACUUCUUUGAGCUUUUGAUAGGCACUGAUCCCUAUGGACUCAGAGUUGGAUAUACUCAGAAGCCCCUCAAAUGGAAUCGUCCAAUCACAGCCCAAAAUAUCCAAACCUCUGAUCAGUGUAUACACAAGCAACCCAAAGGGAAGUCCAACAGUUAGGUCCUCGCUUUCAGUGGACUUCCAACAUGGACUAGUCCAGAUGACUUGUUCGAAGCCCUUGUUAGGCUUGAUACAGUAUCCAAGGGAACAAAAUGUGUUCCACUCAGGAACCUUCCUAUACACCAUAACCCAUAUUAAAGGUCUUCCUAUUCCUGACACCUGAGUAUCCUUAUAUUUUCAGUUCCCUCUUCCAAACUGGCUGAGAGCAAGUUCCUUUGAUGUGAAGGGGCAAUGAUUGUACACCGAGUCCCUGACCCCCUUCAAGACUGGGCACCCAGUGGAGUAAUUUCAUGCUGGUUUGGCACAGGGUCCACCUGGGAACCCUGGUGCUUCCUUCAAUAACUCUUUGCCUUGCUGCAGUGACUCCCUUCACACCCAAAUCAGCUAAGGCACAUGUUGAAGGGGUUGAAACCUUGCUUGACAGCUGACCAGUAAAUCCUUAGUGUGAUUGUCAGGGUCAUGUCCGUCUUCCCCACUGCAGCUUACAGAUGUGUACAGAUGACACUUACCUACUAAUCCAGGGUUUUACUGUAUCCUCAAACAAGAACCCGGACAAGAACUCAGGUUUCUUAGUGGCAGCUUGUCAGUCCCCACUCAAAGUUAAAAUUUGCUGGAAUGUUGGACCUUGACCUGAACUCCAGGUGUAAAUUCUGCCUGUUUAAGCAAACAUUCGUUUGGUAGGUUAGUCUGGGAUCACGAAAAAACAAAUCUUUAGGACCUUUGUUCAAUUAAAAAAGGUUAUAGUUAUCUUAACUCAUGUGCUGUACUGUUGGCUUUAUCGAGACAAUAAUCAGGAGGAUGAAGAGUUUAAAGCCUUUAUCCAUUGACACAGAAAUGUACCGUAUGCAGCUAUUCUUCAUCUCUACACACACAGACCGUGAGUACAGUCAACCCUAACCAGCCGAGUAAUGUCUGAAAAGUACUAGACUUAGAUACUCUUCUCACGGUAAAAUAUACCCUUUGUUACAUUAAACACAACCCUUCAAUAGUCACGACAGAUUCAUUCAUCUCGUUAUCUUUUGUUGUUUUGUCGUUAGGGUCCGAAAUCGGAGAGUUUGUUUAAUUCCUGAAAGAAAGUUAAUGUUGAAUACUUGAACUGCUGAUAAGUUAAUGGGCCUCAUUUUAAGGGAACUAAACGUGAAUCAAUCUGUGGAAAGAUGUCCACAGAUCACCUCACUAUUUAAAGAGUAAAACGUUCUAUUCCAAGAGUACAUCAGUGCGCUAUGCAGCCAUUUCACCUCCACUACCAUCUCAGCUCACAGAUCCUUUACAGUUUAUAUAUGAUCAGGAAUAAUAAAUCAAAUCCUGUCCUUUAUGGUUUAGGGUGGAGAUGGGGCCUUUUAAUGUUUUAAACUUCAGUAGAUUUCUGCUAUUGAAAGUUGCUCAUGAGAGCUGGGCACAAGCAUCCUGUGAGAUCUACUCCCUCUCUUUUUAGGAGGAGUGUGUCUUUUUGUAUUUCAGCAGUUUGGAUGUAAUAAUACACAGAAGCUCCUUUACUCAAAGUCCUAUCGCCACAGAUUUGUCUCUCAGAGCUCAGAGAAGUGUUCAGUUAAAAAACUGAGUCCUGAAUGUUCAGUUUGGUAACAUAUGGAGUUUGUACUUGCGUUAGAUCCCUUGGGUCUUGGCGACUUUAAAGUCUCUGCCAAAUCCAAUGAAAUCUGGUUCUCCAUUUUGGGUUUUGUUGGUGACACAUUUGGUAAACCCUGUCACAAACCUGAUUGGCUGUCAAAUCUAAAAAUGUUUUUUGAACAUUUCAAAUGGUUUAUUAGUUAGGUCUCCAAAACUCAUGAAAAAAAGUGUUUGUAUUUAUCAGUUAUUGAUUAUUAAGUACGUUUCGUAGGAGAUGGACAGGAUUACUCUUCUGUGUUCUGAUUCAGGGGCUGCAUCUUUUGUACGAAUCUAUCAGUUAUCCUGUACAUGGCCCGACACACCAGAGAUCUACUAUACCUCACCGUAUAUUCAGACUGGAGGGCAGAUACAUUCAUAAACAUGAGUUUGACUUGAAGGGACAGCUUUGAUAAAAGAGUUUAAAAAAAGCAAAAGGACCUAAAAACCUCAAAUCAUAUUUUAAAUUGUGAAUUUAGUGAUGUCAGAUACCUUAGCUACUUCUACUCCAGGUGCUGGGCAGCAAUAAUGAAGGGCAGAGACAGCUUUAGUGUAACAGUAAAUCCUUUAGACUCAGUAGGUCCUUGGAUUCUAGGUCCUGGAACUAAGUAGGUCCGGGCUUUGCAGCCUCUGAGUUUAAACACAGAUAGUAAUUCCUUUGACCCUCAAACACCAAUUUGGCUGAAACUAACUUUUAAAAUAUCAUCAAACUUCAGGAAGUGCAUUAUAAAGAAAGAUGGCGGAUUUGGUAAAGAUGACCCCGUCAUCAUCACACGUGAAAGCAUCCCUCAGAUGCCUGUGUUGUCGUAUCAGGAGCAUCUUGACAUUCCAGACUAUUUGGCGUGAACGUGCAGAUGAAACAGAAUCAGCUGGUUUCUGACUUUCUUUGCUGCGUUUACGACCCAAAUUGUUUUUUACAUUCAGUGCUGAUCAUUCCAUGUUAAAGCAGUGCCAAACUGAAGAGACUUUCUGCCACUGAGUUCUGCAGAUUGAGAUCAAUCCAACGAAUGUGGUUUGAUGAAGUUCAUCAAUAUAUAUGAUUAGAAAUACUUUCACACUCAUUAUAUUUUAAAAUGUAUUUACAGUCAUUACCCCACAGAUAAGUCCUGUCAUUCAGUCCAGGCUUACUCAUAAAGGAUUAUCAAUUGCAAUGAGUUAGUCAGGUUUUUAAACUCUUACUGGGAACUUUUCAUUGGGGCAAGGAUAAUGAAACCCAGUGAAUCAGAAAAGCUGCUUCAAGACCAAUUUGCAAAUGAGUGCUGGACUACGCUCUGUCACUUUUUAUUUUAUACUGGUACGAAUUUUGGUUUUGUUACAUUUGAAGAGCCGUAGAGCUCCUCGAUGUUGAAGUCUACAGAGAUGUUUAAGAGUGUCUUUGUAAAACUCUGUUAAACUUCGUCUCGAGUGUCAGAAGUUUCAUCCUCAGGAGAAAAAACAACAACAAAGUCCUUUGAGUAAACUGUGUGGUCGGGUCAAAAACAAGUAAACCUAGAGAGCUUUGUUUUAAAAAAGGUCGUCCCUUCGGUCAAACCAGACACUCUAUGGGUUGAGGUCUCAGGAGAGGAUGGGGCUGCACAGAUUUUCAAACCCUACGAAAUAUGGUUCAUUUAGUCAGGUGAAUGCUGAAACGUUGUUGUAUUUAGGGAAUAGGAUAGAUAAUGAUGCUGUCAAUUUUCAGAGGAUGAAAGUCUGUAUAUAUAAUUUUAUUCAGUAACCCAAAGGUCCGAGCUGAGAUUACUGCUCAAUUGUGAAGUAUUAACAGGACUUUAAAUGUCACUUAGGAAACUUAGAAACCAGGGCUGUCACGAUUUUUUCCUUUUUAACUCACUAUUUUAAAAAAAAUCACAUAUAAGAAAAAUUAUCACAAUAUUUGUUGGAAAGUUGGAAAAACACCCAAAGGUCAGACACGGGGAUGCAGGGGUGUCUAACCCGAAUCCAGCCCUGUGACAGAAACCUUCAUAAAGAUGUCCUGUUAACACUACAGUUUAAGAGGCUUUUAUUUUGACAGUUUCAUGUCCUGCAUUUGCAAACAUGCUUUUAUCCUGGAAAGGAAGUCCACUCUUGGUAAAACUGAAUCAAAGUCUUUCAGCUAGGUCACUGGCAGCUACUGCUUCUUCUUCUAUGUGUUCCCUUUGUUUUAUGGCAGGUAGCAGCCAGUGUGAAAGACCACCACCGGCCCCUCCUAUGAACCAAUUAAUUCCACUGAAUUAUCUCUUUUUUAGCACAAUAUCAAUAUUUUAAGUUUAAAAUUUUCACUUAUUGUAAAUACAGCCCUAUUAGGAAACCACUGUCUAUUAAAACACCACUUAGUAGUUUUUGAGCCUCUAAAGCGAGCAGGUACCCACCUGUGAUGUGAACAGAUUAUGUGUUAAUCGAUAAGGGGAAUGAGCUCAGCUGUCCCAGACUUUUCUCAUCAGGGGGGAGUAUUUCUCAGAGAGCUGAUCAGGCUGACAUCAGAAACCAUCUUCAGCACAGCCAGGAGAAAGUCUGGACUGUAUGCAUGUUUGGGGGAAGCUCAAAGAAGUGCCAAGUUUCAUGUCUGCUCAAAUCUGCUUUUCAAUUAGCUUCAGCUUUUUUAAAACAUGAGUGUUUCUAGAUCCUCCAUCACAACAUGGCCUUGAUUUAAAAAAUUAUUAUUUUUUUUUUACAUUACGCCCCUGUAGCACAAAAACGAAGUUCAGAGGUGACGUCUUGGUGUUUGAAUUUGAAUCUUUUGGUUGCUUAGAGCACUUUGUUUGACAAUGUGAGGAUUGUACACGUUGUCUACAGGUGAUAAAGUGCUGACACAUUGUGCUGCAAACCGCGUCAGUACUGUAGGGUCAAGUGUUGUAUGUUUUAAAGAACUACUGUACAAGCCAUUGCGUAAGUGGUAAAAGCAGCAUGCACUUUAGUCGUCUUUGGCAAUAAUAGAAACGCUCCCAUCUCCUGUAAAGUAGCAUCGACUUCAGAGGAAACUAAUGUUCAUGAUGUCCAGGAAUCAUUUUCUCUGUGUUUCUUCAGAGCUAUCCACAAACCACCUGUAGAGCAGUUUGUACAGCUGUAUACAGAAAUGAGACUAUAUUUUAUUCUCAGAUAACACCAACAUCUUUACAAUGAACAGGUUAAGAGGUGGAAAGGUGUGGUUUGAAGGAGAAAUGCGGGUUUGAGUUAGUUAAACUAAGACAUAAAGAGUAACAUAGAAUACUAGUUUUCCAGUACUUUACUUAAUGUGAGUAAUUUCAUUGUGUAAAACCUUUUACUUUUACAUUCAGGAGGAAAUAUUGUCCUUUUUAUUCCACCACAUUAACCGUUCAGCUGUAGUAACUUUAGAAACUAAUGUUGUAACAUGUAAAGUAUAAAUAAGCUGCACUGCUGGAGUUUGAACUAACCAGUGUGUUGAUAGAAAUGUGUAGGCUUCAAAGAUAACUUUAUUUUAAUAUGCACUCAAACCUCUCUCUCUGUACAUUAAAUCCUUCUCUGUGCUUCAUCUGUAGUGAUUGCUUUAUCAUGGAUUGACUGGUAAUGCCUUGGACCCCCUUUAAGGGGGGACAUGAACAAACUUUCCUCAUUUGUUGUAUCUUAAGUAAAGACCAUUGUGGAGUCUGUGUUUUCUUUCACCUUACUUUCCUGCUUUUAUAGAAAUGUUUCAACCAUUUUAGAGAAAACUCUUGUGGCUGUCAAAGGGUUUGUGUGUGUCCUUUAUCUGAAGUUUGACGUGUUUCCUCUCAGAGUUCAGCUCGACUCUGAUUAUAGUGAACAGGUGUUUAUACAGAUGAUAACCCCCAAUGGUAAUCCUGUUUCUCACCUUGUCAGGUUUCAUAUUUGCUGAUCCAGCUGUUCACUACACAUCAUCACACUUAAUGCUAAUCACUAAAAGCUUGAGUCAGUAAAUAAGAGAUUUUCAGCUCUGAUUAUCCCUCCAAUUCCACGGUUAUUCCACGGUUUCCUUGGCAACAGAUGUUGAUCAGCGUGCUUUGAGUUACACUGAACAUUUGAGUUCAGACUCAAGUUCAAACGUGGUUCUGCUUAUUGGUUAAAAUUCAUGUCAGAGGGAUCAUCUGAGAAGUUGAGCGGGAUCUCCACAGGAAAAAUGUUCCUGUGGAUGUUUCUGUGAAUACUCAUGUGGCAACUUCUGUCCUCAUUCAGCUCCUUCUUCUCAGAGUUUAAAACUUUGAACACUGCAGCCGUUAUCACACUUACAAUGGUUUCAGUUAUACACGGAUUGCAGGACACUUAUUAAUCUUCUAGUCCUUUCAAAGAUGGUGGGGGUCAGGCAGCUUCUCAGACUGAUCUCACCUCUGGGCCUAGGGUCAUAAAAUAAUUUCACUCAUAUGAACUUCAGUCUUUAAGCCUUCAGCAGCAUCAUUACAAUGGUUUCCAUAUUUAUCACAAUAUUUUAUAAGGACUAUUGAAACAGAAGAAAAAGUGGUUUUGAAAAAGGGUUUAAACAACAUCUGUGAACAUCAGAGGUCACUGAGUCAUGAAAGCUCCCAUGGCUAUGCAGUAAAACAAUAUACUUGUAUAACAGUAUAGCAGAAUAGCAGUAUUGCAGCAAAACAGUGUAACAGUUUAGUGGUGAAGAAGAUUAACAGUAGAACACUAUCACAGUAGAGCAGUAUAACAGUGUAGCGGGACAACAGUAUAACAGUAUAGCAGUAUAACAGUAAAACAAAAUUUUUGUAUAGCACUACAACAGUGGUUGGUCUCAGCUGCAGAUAUUUCCUCACCUAAGGUUUGAUUCAGAGGUUUCAGUUAUUGAUGCUUAAGACAGGGGGCCGAGAAUGUGGUCCCUCUAUGUGCAGAGACAGCAGACUGAAUAUAACACUGACCAAGAGUGGGAACAUUGCUGGUCUAUAUGAUAGCAGGAUGGAGGGGUAGCUGGUUUCUGAACACUUACAGUGACCAUACAGGAAAGUCCUGUUGUUGUUUUUCUUUUUGUCCUAAAUCCAUAGCAAAUUUCCUAUACCCUGGGAUCCAUCCUCAUUUUCAGGCCAGAUGGUUUACAUAGUCCCUCAGAGAGUUUUGGGUCUCCUACCAGCUGGAUGUGUUAAUAAAGUCUGAAAGAAAUCAACACCUCCUGAUCAGAACCCCAAACUGUUGCAACAGGAAAAGGUUCAAAAGAAAGCCUUCUUCUCUGGUUCUGAGCACCAGCCAAUCACUGACCAGACUGACAUUGAAACACAGGUGCUAAAAGUAAUGUAGUACUUUUAUCUACCUCAGGUACUUUCUUCAUGCAGUUUUAGAGGUUCAUGAAGCUUAUCAGUGACUGUUACCUUAUUGGAAAUCCUGACUCAAUCUAAGUCUGAAUCAGUCUACCAGGAGGUGGGCCUGUAGCGUCCUUGCUGACAGCUACAGUGUGCCUGUCAGCUUCUGAUUCACUGCUCUGAAAACCUGAAUACCUGUAUAACACAGCUGUUACUUAAAAUCUCUGUCAGUGUACAGACUGAGAAAAGAGACUUUAAGACCGAAACAUGUUUAUUCUGCUCUAAAGAUGGGUUAGUUUAGCGGAAGGUGUAUGUGGUUUUCAGAGGGUCUGCAGGCUUCCUCUAGUGGACACUUGGGGAGCUGCAGUUUUUAACAUAAUUAUGAGUUCUCAAGACUGAAGGUUGCACCUUGGUAACAACCAGGUCUAAACACUCUGUAAUUUUGUUCUGCUGGGGUUGGAGUGGCUCUUUCACGACAGUCACUGUUUCAGGUUUUUACAAUCACAACAUCAUUUGCAUGUGGAAAAGUCUCUAACUGGGUAACUGAGAACUUCCUAAACUGGACCAAGUCCAAGUCCAAGAAAACCCCAUUAUGCUGUUUAUAACUCAUUAUUUUUCAGCCAGCAUGGUGAGUAUGUGACUGAUCAUCUCCUGCAUCUUCACCCUGCUGCUCUGAUUGGAUAUGGGGUUAAUUCCUCACUUAGACCAGGUGCCAGUCUUUGUUAUGAGCUGUAGUUUAAGGUUAACUGACACACACCUGAGCCCUGCGGGUAUGGAGUUCACUCCAAAGAGACACUGCAAGGAGACACACACAUUAACCUGUGAUAACAAAGCAGUCCUGGUAAGUGUCAAUAUGCACGCAUGCAUGUGCGCACGCGCACACACAAUCACACUCACAAAUAUACAUGCAAACUGGUUCAGAAAAAAUCCUCCAGAUGACUUUAUUCACUGACGUUUGUAUUUACUGUGUGAGAAUGAAGCAAUAAAGAUUUCAAAGAAGAGUCACUGUUCUGUCCUCAAUAACUGGAUGAGUAGUUCAAAAGUGCUGAUACCACCUUAAAUUCACUAACAGAGAGCACAAAGAGGAAGGUGUCAGGGUGGUCCAGCAGAGGGCAGCAGAAAUCUGCCACUAAUGAAAGAAGUCAGUCUGAAUAAAUAGUGUUACUGCACUAAACCAAAAUAAAUAAACUAGACAAAUACAGACACAUUCAGACAAAUAAAGAUAAAUGGACAGACAGACACGCACACAGGGACAGAUUGACAGACAGACAAACAUACAGACAAACGCACAGACAGUCACAGCAGUUUAGGAACAGUUUUUUUGGAGCGUAUAGGUGACAGGAAUUGUUUUUUGAGUUGAUGUGCAAUAUCAAACACGAAGAUUCACAAACACUUCAACAAAACCAGGUAGAGGUAAAAUCCUGCUGAUGACAUAAUAUCACAGAUCAGCAGGUUUCAUGAAAUAAUAUUAGGUCUGAAUAGUUUUAUAGCACCACUGAUAUCACAUAACUAACAGGAUGUGACUGCAGAGACCAUAUAUGAACAUAUACAAGCAGACUGAAGAGACCCAAAGGACCAUGAUGCUGAAGUUUCCAUCUGAUACACAGCUUCUGAUCUGUGCCUUAAACUAGGUCCUGAUCCCAAACC